CGCUGAAUUCAGUUGAUAUGAAACCGUGAAACCGAAUAGUUCAGAUGAUAAAUUUGUGUCGUCGUUGGUUUCGCUUUCGUUUCUUUGUUUAUAUCGGACAGCAUUUGUUUGAGACUCAGUUCGUGUGUCAAGUGUACAAAGUUUAUUGAGAAAGUUCAUCAUCGACGAAGGCGAUAAAUAACGGAUUACGCGACUAUUCUACACCAUAUUUUUGCCAACGAAUUUUUCGUGUGAAUUUUCGAUUUUUUUGGCACACAAUUUCGCAGUUGAUCGUGAAAAGUGCAAAUUGCUGGAUUUUUGCAAACGACUUUUCAGCUCGGAAAAUAUUUCCUUCGUUUUUUUUUCGUAUUUGAAUGAGCAUUGCAAUGAGUAGUGGCUAAUGAAAUGAGAUACGAAAAUCGAUCUGUUUGGUGUUAGUUGCUCAUUCAGGGUUGAAUCGAAUCGAUUGUGGAUUUUAGUCCCGUUUUACAUCGGAUCCGUGUUAUCGUUCAUUUUUUGGAAGGCGAAUCGUGUAUGAGCACGCGUGUAAAGUGUUAUUUAAAAAAAAAUUAGCAACAAUGUUCAUAAUAGUGCCUGAUAUAUUAAAAUUCCAUUUCUCAGUAGAUCAUAAAAUUUUUCAAAUAAAAUCUGUGAUAUUUCUAUUGUGUUUGAAUGCAUGUCUCAAGUUCAGUGUUGUGAUCGCCGGACCAUCGAUACAACAAGAGCAAGAGCUACUUCUGCUCGAGGCACUGAGCAAACGACAGCCUAGCUACUAUGGUACAUCGAAUUCGCUGAUGGAUAUCUUGGGCCGAAUGAUACCGCAAACGUGCAAAUACAAAGGUAGACGCUUCGAGUGCGGACUGAGCAUAUCAUGCGUGUUGGCUGGCGGAAAACCGGUGGAUUCAUGUUCGGGCGGCAUGAUAUGGUCGUGUUGUGUGGACAAAGAUCUGCAUCAGGAAUCAUCAUCGCAGGGAUUGGUACAAAAUGCGAGUGACGUAAUCCAUUUACUCGGCUAUUAUCCUCCAAAUCCAACAACAACCACCACCGAACGUCCCCGUCCAUAUAAACCAUUUUACAACACAUAUCCCAAACCAUCACAACCAGCCAAACCUACAACCACUUCAACGACCAAUACAUAUACAUUCAGUCAACAUGACCAACAAAACCACCACCAACAACACCAACACCACCAACGUCCACAACCAAGCUGGGAACAUGAAACCAAUCACAUUUCAUUUUAUCCAUUAGUUCAUCCUGACGAGCAUUUUGGCAUUGUCGACGAAGACGGUUUUGGCUCAGAAGCUGAAGCGGCUGUAUUCAGUCACACAAAUAAUUUUGGUGACUUUUCCAAUAACAAACCAACCUCAUAUGCUGGUGACGAUUAUCGGCCCUUCCAGGGUUGUGGCGAAUUGUACACAAGGGCCAAUCGAAUUGUCGGCGGCCAUUCAACGUCGUUUGGAAGCCAUCCAUGGCAAGCGGCUCUGAUUAAAUCCGGAUUUUUAUCGCGUAAACUCAGCUGUGGCGGUGCAUUGGUCUCCAAUCGAUGGGUAGUUACGGCUGCUCAUUGCGUGGCCACCACUCCAAAUAACAAUAUGAAAGUACGACUUGGCGAAUGGGAUGUCAGAGAUCAGGAAGAACGACUCAAUCACGAAGAGUACAGCAUUGAACGGAAAGAAGUGCACCCAAAUUAUUCGCCAACGGAUUUCCAGAACGAUGUUGCAUUAGUGAAACUCGAUCGAAAUGUGGUGUUUAAACAGCACAUUUUACCCGUUUGUUUGCCACCAAAAGCAUCGAAACUUGUUGGCAAAAAAGCCACCGUCGCUGGAUGGGGUCGUACGCGACACGGUCAAAGUACCGUACCAUCUGUUCUACAGGAAGUUGAUGUAGAAGUAAUAUCGAAUGAUCGAUGCCAACGAUGGUUUAGAGCAGCUGGCCGACGAGAAACAAUACACGAUGUCUUUCUCUGCGCCGGAUACAAAGAGGGCGGACGAGACAGUUGCCAGGGUGAUUCUGGGGGACCCUUGACAAUGUCAUUAGAUGGACGCAAAACCCUAAUCGGCCUUGUGUCAUGGGGUAUUGGAUGCGGUCGAGAACACUUACCCGGCGUGUAUACAAAUAUUCAGAAAUUUGUGCCUUGGAUCGACAAAGUCAUGGGAAAAGACGAUUUUUAGUUAUAAAAACCUAAAUGCUAAGGGCAUAACUUAUUUAAAUUUUACCUUUUACGAACAACAAACAUACAAAAAAAUAGCCAAUCAAAGAUAGGAACAGGUGGAACGCCGCUCAAAAUCUAGAUCAAUCAGAUUGCAUGUGCAGAUUUUUUACCAAUUGACUUUAUUUCUCUCUGAAUGUGAUAAUAAUGUUUCGGUUUUCCAGCAUAAAUGCGUGCAACAUGCGUUCUAGAAUUAAAUGCUAUUUGUUCAUCUUGUUGAUUUGUUUCUCUUUGUCCAUUCAAAUACGCAUUAGAUAAAACAUUACCACAAAACAUUAGAUAAACUCUCAUUGAUACUUGAACUCGGCCAAAUUCGUAUGGAGAAGCCGCUCAAUUGGAGCAAAUAUAUAUAUA